CUUCUCCAUUAGUGGGUGGGGAGGGGAGCCAAUUGCCGAGCGUCCUGCGAGCGGGAGGAAGACGAAGGAGAAGCAAUGGCUCGCGCGGGGCAAGGGGGCGGGAUGGGGAGCGCGGUGAACGUGGGGAUCGCGGUGCAGGCAGACUGGGAGAACCGCGAGUUCAUCUCCAACAUCUCCCUCAACGUCCGCCGCCUCUUCGACUUCCUCCUCCGAUUCGAGGCCACGACGAAGAGCAAGCUGGCCUCACUGAACGAGAAACUAGACAGCCUGGAGCGGAAGCUGGAGGUGCUGGAGGUCCAAGUGAGCAGCGCCACCACCAACCCCUCCGUUUUCAACAACUAGCUAGGCCUAAUUAUCUAGAAAAAGUGCUAGCACGCGGAGUUGCAGCUGCAGAGCUUACUGACGUUUCAGAGGAGCAUUCUGGCUUUGUGUUUGUGUUUCCUGUGUGUGUGCAGUCAAUCAGUCUAUGUGUAUGUAUGUUUGUACGUGUCAUGUACUACAAUUAAUUGAUUGAGAUGUUGAUUACA